ACUCGAGGACUUUCCACAGCCAAUCAGCAACAAGUUGUGAAACUGAACUCGUGCUCUGAUUGGUUGAAAAAUCUCAGCAGCUGACUAGAAGAAGCUAUAAAGAUAAAUCAGAAGUUGUGCUUGCAGGAGAGUGUUUGUAAGUCGAUGAAGAGUCAAGAGUGAAAGCUGCGGUGGAGAGAGGAUUUAUUUAUGAGAAAACGCGUGAAGUUAAUUACUUCAUUACGUGUUUAAGGUAAUUUGAAUCAGGAGCUUCGAAAGGGAAACGUCAUCAUGGUCGCCACGAACAAAAUGAAGAGCAAGAGCACGGAAGGGCAGGCUGAGAGGAGAUAUGCGCAGGUGUGCAUGGAGAAAGAGUUGGAUUUCUGGGCUCGCUGCUUGGCUGAGCCUCCGAUGGCUCCAGAUGUAACGGAGGACAGGACCUGUCAGCAGUUGGCCAAGAUGUUUGAAAACUGCCUGUCACGAGCCAAGAAGACAACACUCCACUGCUCCUCUGUGCUGGUACCAGAGAAGUUGACAAGGAAGAUGGCUCAUGAGGUCCUGCGCCUGGCAUCGUGUGAGCCCUGCGGCCUGCGAGGCUGCAUCUUUUACAUCCACCUGGAGCUUGAAAAGGGCUGUAAGCAGCUGGAGCGCAUCACAUACGAUUCCUCUGUGGUGCCCACCUUUGAGCUGACUCUGGUGUUCAAGCAGGAUGGCACAGCCUGGCCCAGCCUUCGAGACUUUUUUAUGGGCUCCUGCUUUGCACCAACUUUUAGACACGUACUCAAACUGAGUCCAGGAUUCAGACUAGUUAAGAAAAAGCUGUAUUCCACCUCGGCUGGCACCGUGAUAGAGGAAUGCUGAACUGUGAUUCCGACGGGGUUCCGAUUGGGAAAUGCGCAUAAGACUGAAUGUGGGGCCCAAGUGGCAUCUCAUUUUCUACAGUGUUUUUGUACAAAAGUUCAAAUGUUAGCCAGUCAUCUUGAGAUGUGAGGUUUAAAAGGCUUUGUUUCUAAAUAUGCCGUUUCAUUGUGUUCUGAACAUUUAAAGUUCCUUCUACGAGCUGUUGUUGCUCAAGCACAAUUUUAAAAUGUAUUUUUCUUGCAAAUGAAUGUAAACUGUUCACGUGAACGUGUUUGAGCGGGUUUACCAUGGGUACACUCUUGCUAAUGACACUGGCCACUUUGUUGUUGCAGAUGCAUUGAUAGCUGCAGCAGUAAACACACCGGUGUUUGUUUUUGGAGGGCCAUAUGUAAGCUACCUGUGAUGUGCAGAUCAUUUUUAAUACUUUUUAUAAUGUUGUUAUGAUGGGUAAUGAGGAUGCCUUAAAAGGAGGUGUAUGGCCUUCACGCUGAUCAAUGCAACAACUGGUUUAUUGCAUUUUUUUAUUUUUAAUGCAUCAAGGCUGAGCCUUCAUAUAUAAAUAAAACUUUUGUUCACCCAAA